UGACCAGCUCCCCCCACAUCCUGGCCUCUGGAACCUCAGUCAGAUUUAGAGGAAAGAACCAGUUUUCAGAGGGAUUGCCUCAGACACACUAUCUCCACUUGUCCAGCCCAGCGGAAGAUUAGUGACCAUGUACUCCCAGGGAGCAGGAACCGAAGCUUCUGGAAUAAGGAGGGUAUGUUUUCUCUCCUUGCUGCUUGCUGGCCUCUGGGGCUGUGUGAUCUGUCAUUGGAGCCCUGUGGAGGACAUCUGCACAGCCAAGCCCCGGGACAUUCCUGUGAAUCCCAUGUGCAUUUACCGCUCCCCAGAGAAGAAGACAACUGAGGAAGAGGGCUCAGAGCAGAAGAUCCCUGAGGCCACCAACCGGCGAGUCUGGGAACUGUCCAAGGCCAAUACCCGCUUUGCCACUACCUUCUAUCAGCAUCUGGCAGACUCCAAGAAUGACAAUGAUAAUAUUUUCCUGUCACCCUUGAGUAUCUCCACAGCUUUCGCCAUGACCAAGCUGGGUGCCUGUAAUGACACCCUUAAGCAGUUGAUGGAGGUUUUUAAGUUUGAUACCAUUUCCGAGAAAACAUCUGAUCAGAUCCACUUCUUCUUUGCCAAACUAAACUGCCGACUCUAUCGAAAAGCCAACAAGUCUUCCACAUUGGUAUCAGCCAACCGCCUCUUUGGAGACAAGUCCCUUAACUUCAAUGAGACCUACCAGGACAUCAGUGAGGCAGUGUAUGGAGCCAAGCUCCAGCCCCUGGACUUCAAGGGAAAUGCAGAGCAGUCCAGAGCCAUCAUCAACAAAUGGAUCUCCAAUAAGACUGAAGGUCGUAUCACUGACGUCAUUCCCCCAGAGGCCAUUGACGAGCUCACAGUUCUCAUGCUGGUCAACACCAUUUACUUUAAGGGCCUGUGGAAGUCGAAGUUCAGCCCUGAGAACACGAGGGAGGAACUGUUCUACAAGGCCAAUGGGGAGUCGUGCUCAGCCACCAUGAUGUACCAGGAAGGCAAGUUCCGCUAUCGGCGUGUGGCCGAAGGCACCCAGGUGCUCGAGUUGCCCUUUAAGGGGGAUGACAUCACCAUGGUGCUUGUCCUGCCCAAGCCUGAGAAGAGCCUGGCCAAGGUAGAGCAGGAACUCACUCCAGAGGUGCUGCAGGAGUGGCUGGAUGAGCUGGCGGAGAUGAUGCUGGUGGUCCACAUGCCCCGCUUCCGCAUUGAGGAUGGCUUCAGUUUAAAGGAGCGGCUGCAGGACAUGGGCCUCGUCGACCUGUUCGACCCUGAAAAAUCCAAACUCCCAGGUAUUGUUGCAGAGGGCCGGAACGACCUCUACGUCUCAGAUGCGUUCCACAAGGCCUUUCUUGAGGUGAAUGAGGAAGGCAGUGAAGCAGCAGCGAGCACCGUCAUCACGAUUGCUGGCCGUUCGCUGAACCCCAACAGAGUGACCUUCAAGGCCAACCGGCCCUUCCUGGUUUUCAUAAGGGAAGUUGCUCUGAACACUAUUAUUUUCAUGGGCAGAGUAGCCAACCCUUGUGUUAACUAAAGUGUUAUCUUUGUACUUCUUCCUUUUAUGGUUUGUGAAUAGAAGUAAAAAUAAACACAACUACUCCCGUCUCACAA